AUGGAUACUCGUACUCGAAUGGCUUCACCUUACCAAGUUCUAAAUACACCUGUUUCUGCGGGACCUGGAAUGGAAUACCCACCAGACUUUGAUCGUCAACAUCUUCAAUACCAACAGCAGCAGCAGCAGCUCCACCAGUUGCAGCAGCACCAACAGCAGCAACAUCAGCAUAUUUUUCAAUCAAAUGGCAUAACCCCGAUAAACACACAAAUGGUGUCAAAGGCACAUGGAUCGAGCAUUUCAAGCUCUCAAUCGCCUACAACGGCGAUCAGUGGAGGAAUCGCUGGCCCUGGAGGAUCACACACGCCAACGACACCCACAACGUCUUCAAAGAAGCCACCGGUGGGAGCGUGUAUGUCCUGCAGAAAGAGGAAGGUAAAAUGCGAUAACAAGAAGCCCUGCGGCCAGUGUGUCGCUCACGAUCGAGUCUACGAUUGUCUAUACGUGCAACCGAGGCAGCGAGUAUAUAUCACCCAAAAAUACACCAAGGAGUUAGAGGAACGAGUGUCUAUGCUCGAGGGUUUGGUUAAACAACAUCUGCCAAACAUAGACAUCAAUACUUUAGAAGGUUCAGCUUCGUCGCCAUCUUCUCUUUCUCAGCAAUUAUCCCUUAGGAGCGGGGCCUACUCAGGAAAUUCCGUGACAACCGAUACCACGGAUCCUGAUCUAGGGGAGAAGACUCUUCCUGAGGAGACUCCUUUGCAUUGCGACGGGUAUGAAUGGGAUGAGAAACAAGUCUUUAAUGAGAUUGCUUCUGUUGUUGAUGGAAUGGCCUCUCUAUCCGUCGAUGUCGACAAAGGCUCGUCUUAUCUAGGAGCUUCAUCUGGUGCCGCUGUGUUCCGAAUUGCACGACAGCUAUCAAAAAGACAAGGAAGUUCAGUAUCCGAAUCGUGGAGUGGUCUAGACGUCGAUUCUUGUAAUUCGUCACCUUCGAUACAGGGCCAGGGCUUCGGGAUACCUAGGAUGAUACCGGCAGGGGAGACCAAUGGGACUGGCACGCCGCCUUCUCACGUCGCGGAUGAUUUGAUAAAGUCGUAUUUCACUUUCUUUCACAAAUCAUAUCCAGUCCUCCAUGAACCCACUUUCCUUGCCCAAUAUAAGGGUGUCUUGCCUCGGCCUGUGGAUGGAUCAUGGCCGCUAGUCCUUAACAUGAUCUUUGCGAUUGGGUCUUGGACGAGCUCUACUACUCCUAAUGAUCUCGAUAUAUACUAUUAUGAACAGGCUAGACAUCACCUUACAGCCGAUAUUUUCGAGUCGGGAAGGUUGGGAAUGGUCCAAGCUUUGACCCUUAUGGCGAACUAUCUUCAAAAGAGAAACAAGCCAAACUCCGGUCAUAUCAUUAUGGGGAUUGCCAUUCGUAUGGCACUCAGUCUUGGACUUCACAGAGAAUUCCCAGAUUGGAAUGUUGCUCCCCUUCAGAAGGAGAUUCGUAGGAGAGUAUGGUGGAGUUUGUUUGUUCUCGAUGCUGGUGCUUGCGUGACUCUCGGCCGCCCAGUGACAUUUGGCGACGGUACAUUGGGUGCACUCAACGUCCGGCUUCCAUUAAACGUCCAAGAUGAGAGCCCCCCCUCCCCUGCACCCACUCAUACCAUUGUCGAAAACUUUGCAUUGAUAGAUUUCUUAAAGCUCAUUACGUCCGCACAGGAUUUCCCCGCUUCCGCUGCCAUGAUCCCGACGCCUUGCAAUGAACCGACACCCUACAGCUGCUUGAUAGCCCAAGCCACUUUUGCCAGGGUGGCGGUUAAGAUACAUUCUCGAUUAUUGGCUGGCAGCCUAUCUUCGUACGAAGAAAUCCAGCCAUUUGAUGAGAUGAUAAAUCGAUGGGCAGCUUCCUUGCCAACGUAUCUAGCUGUUGAUGAGUCGCCCAGUGAACCAGCAUGGCUAGCUUUACCGAGGGGAAUCUUUUGGUGGAGAGCUCGAGACCUAAGACUCAUUCUCUAUCGACAACUCUUUUUUAACCUCGUGAUGGAAGGAAAAGGCGGAAAGCGAGGAUCCGUCGUUGGAGACAGCAAAGACAGCAAACUCUCUGAGAAAACUAAUGAGAAGGUUAUCAAUAUUUGCAGAGAGGUUGCUAAGCAAUCCAUCAACGGAAUCCAUAAUUUCUAUAAAACUCAGCCUCAUAACCAAGGUGGCACUUGGUAUGUGGUAUACUUUAUUUUCUCUGCGGUCUUCAUCCCGCUAGUAUCACUGCUAGCAGACCCACUUGAGGAAACCGACGCAUCAGGCUCAGAAAGCGCCAAUGCAAAGGACUGCAAGGAGCAAAUCGAUAAAGUAUUAUGGGUCAUGCAUGCGGCCAAGUCUGUCAUCCCGGCAGCAGGUCGAUGCAUUGACGCCAUAAAUUCUCUGCUCUCUCCCUUGACCCAAUUCAGGGACGUCGGAAAAGAUCAAGCGAAUAGUCAGGAGGACAGUGCCAUGACAUCCAUACAGGAUGGCGAAACCACCAUUCACAGCAACGGAUUAUUCAAUGCCGACGCUGGACAUCCGAAUGCUCGGUCGACCUUGUCAGUCAUUAACGAGCAUCCGCAAACCCAAUACAAUAAUAAUGGAAACUACGAUUUCCUGGAGCAAGCCAACUUUGAUUUCUGGUUGAACGGCGGAAUGGUUAACAGCGUCGACCCAAACGCUGCUAACAAUCCUGUUAGUCCUUUCAAUCCGAAUAUGGCUACGACGACAUAUGUGCCACAACAAGGCCAGAUUACCUGGCAGAAUGGCGAUGUGGUCGGUAGCAUGAGGUCGAGUUGGUCUGAGUCCUAUUGGUAA